AUGGAGUAAUAGCUAUUAAGAAAAGAUGGCCUGUCAGAGACAUGAUAAACCAAACAGACUUAGGGAUGAGCUGAGCUGCAUGCUGGUUGGGGAUGGAGCUGUGGGGAAGACUAGCAUGAUCAUCAGUUACAUCUUCAACGGAUACAACAGCGAGUACAGACAAACAGCUUUUGAUGUUUUCACUGGUUUGGUUCAUGUGAAUGGAAUCCCAACUCGUAUGAAACUGAUAGAUACUGCUGGACAGGAGGAGUUUGACCACCUUCGCUCUCUGUGCUGUGCCCAUGUGGACGUCUUCAUCCUAUGCUUCAGCCUGGUCAACCCUGUCUCCUUUGACAACAUCACUUCCAAGUGGAUCCCACAGAUCCGAGCCGGCAACCCAACCUCUCCCAUCAUACUGGUUGGAACUCAGUCAGACCUUUGCCACAAUGUGGACGUCCUUAUUCAUCUGGACCAGCGGCGCACCAAGCCAGUGGCCUUCAGCCGGGCCAGAAGGCUGGCACACAGGAUCAGAGCUCAUGACUAUGUGGAGUGUUCAGCACUGACACAACACAACCUCAAAGAUGUGUUUGACUGUGCUAUAUUUGCUUCCACAAAGCACAAGCACACUGGCAAAACAUUGAAAAAGCUCAGCCUGCUCAAACGUUUAAAGACGUUUUGUGAUUGUGGAUGGAGGAAAAUCUUCAGAUUCAUCUGAUGUGAAAUCAAAUAGUGGAUUGUACUCUGCUUAGUGGACACGAUGUGUUUGAGGAUUUGUUUGACAAAUCAUGCAUUUUUGUCUCAAUGUUUCUCUACAGGAUGCGAAUUGCGCACUAAAACCACAUAAUUUUAGAUCAUUGACAACCUGCAUUGCAAUAACAAGGAUGCAUUUUCUGCUCUUUUUCAUCUUCCCUUUCCUUUGUUUCAUGUUUUAUUUGUUGUUCAU